AUGGAGAAGGAAGAAGAGGGAGAGAAGCAGAACCAAGUGGGCAAAGAGCCCAAUGUGGUGGCGCCGAUCAAAGGGGAGAGACAGGUCGCUAUGAAAAAGUCGCGUCGAGCGCGUGGAAGAGUCUUGGAGAAAUUUGAGGAGCUGAUCAAGCUAGAGAACAUACACGAAAUGAAGGAACUAGAAAUGUGUUAUGCGCAUCUUACCAAAGACGAGUUAAUCGAGAAAGGAAUUCUACUAAACGAUCUAACCAUCAAAACAGCCACGAAAUAUAGUGACAACCAAAAUGCUUACAUUGUUAAGCUAGUUAAAAGGAAAAAAAAAACAAAAACAAAUGACUUAAGUGAUGAAGAAAACAUAGAGAAUUUUAACAACAAUAUGUUUGGUAAGGGGAGCAUAGUACAUUUCUCAAGGAAGAGGAAAGGAUACUGUCUGGAUAAGGAGCACACGGUUGUUAAUAAGAAUUCAGUUAUUAAAGAUAUUGUAAAUAUAUAUGUGUGCACUGUACAUAAAGUGAAAAAAAAUCAGGUUAAUCUUAUUGUUAGACAUGUAGAUGAGUUGUGUAAGGAGCUAAACAUUAGUAACACCUAUUUGCUUGUUGAUAAAAGCUACUUUGAUGUGUGUCUCGUCAAUAGUGAAAUUUCUAUGCAAAGACAACUGCAGGCCAUUAAUUUGAUGAAGGGUACGUUGGAAAAUCCAUCUGAUGUAGUGAAGAUUCUCUUUUUUCGGAAGGCUCCCUCGCAGGAUUUGUUUCUGCGGCAGGUUCUGGGCAUUUUCCGGAGGAAAGAGCAGGGGGAGAAGAAUCUAAAGAAUGAACCGUUAUCACUAUCGGAGGAGUCACCAAAAGUGGAAGAAGCCUCCGAUCUUAGUGAUCAUGCAAAUGGGGAUCCCCCCAUCAGUUACCCCACCGGAUACCCCACCAGCUACCCCACCGGAUACCCCACCGGAUACCCCAGCAGCUACCCCAUCGGCUAUCCCUCCGCAGAGGAUCUGGCCAACGAAUCGAACUACAUCCAUCAAUGUGACAAAACGGAAUGGGGGAACAAAAAUCUAAACGACAGUCAGAAGAAGGCAGUGUACUUCUGCCUAUACUCGAAGGAUAUUUUCUGCGUGCAUGGACCACCAGGGACAGGGAAAACUACGGUGCUCUGCGAAGUGAUCUACCAGUUGGUCAAGAGGAACAAAAAAAUACUCGUGACUGGACCAAGUAAUGUCUCAGUUGAUAAUAUAUUAAGGAAAUGCAUAAACAUGAAUGUGAAGAAUGUUGUUCGAAUUGGCAUAAAAUCAAAAAUAAGCAAAGACUUGUGGAGUUAUAGCUACGACGAAAAAAUAAAAAGUUGCGAUUCCUAUAAAUUGUGUGAAGACAUCGACAAGGACAUAGAAAAAAUGAAAACAGAAAUAAACAAAUUGAAGAGUAAAAAAAAAAAUGAAAAGACUCCAUUCGAUAGAAAAGGAAUAGCUAAUUUGAAAUACGAAAUUAGAAUGUUAAAUAAAAGUCGAAAAAAAAAAAAAAAUAUAUUUUUUACUGAAAUUAUGAAUAGAAAUAACGUCGUUUUUUCUACUUGUUCAAGUAGCUCAAAUUAUGAAUUAAACAAAUAUGUGAAAAAUACAAAUUUUCUUUUCGAUGUUGUUUGUAUUGAUGAGUGUUGUCAGUGCACGGAGCCCUUGUGCUACAUGCCUCUGUUACUAUCGAAGAAAAAUGUUUUCCUUUUUGGGGACCACAAACAACUAGCCCCCUUGGUGAAGCACAACAGUAAGAACAACAAAUUAAACGUUACCCUUUUUGAGAGACUUAUUAAAAAAUAUAAAAGGAAAAUUUCCUACUUCCUUAAGAUACAGUACCGAAUGAAUGAUCUAAUUUUGAAAUGGUCCAACAAAGUGUUCUAUCAGGAUCGCCUUGUUUCACACGACUCUUGCAAAGCCAUCACGGUGGAGGAGCUGCUUUUUCUCACACCCGUGGAGAAGCAUACUGGGCAAGGGGCGAAGCAAAUGAGUGAACGGAAAAAAGACACCAAAGAUAAACAAAAAAAAAUGGAGAAAAAGAAAAAAAAGGGGAAAGAGAAGGAAAAAGAAAGUGGAGAGGAAGAAGAGGAAGGAGAUGAGAACCCCCAGGUGAACACAAAAUUGAAGGACAUGAUUCAAAGCUACACCUAUUGUCCGAUCACGUGGGUUGAGACAGAUGGGUUCGAUGAAUUUCUCGAUGACACCAAGGAGCUGGAUAUGAUACAGCUGGAGAUGAAGGAGAAGAAGGAUGAUAAGGUGGGAGUAAAGAUGCUCAGCAAAGCGCCAGGGGGGGUGGAAUUAGCAGUGCCACCACUUGCAUCAGUUGUAUCAGUUGCACCUUCCUCAAGGGGGGCCCAUGGCGACAGGAAGGAAAAUGAACAGAAACGGCCCGAUAACGAGGAUCCCCUAGAAGAAGGGUUAGACGACCUUGGUGUAUAUGAAGACGAUUUGGAAGAAGCGAAUCAAAGUGAGAACAACAUCACAGGGGAUGAGGGUGUCUUUUUGAAGAAUGAAUCAUGCUCCGAACGAAGUUCGCAUGGGGAGGAGGAGGAGGUAGCCGUUGAUGCAGAGCAAAAAGAAAAGGCACUGGAGGAAGCAGUCCAAAUAGACAUAGACGACAUAGUAAACCUGAACAACAAGUCCAGAAGCAACAGAGGAGAGGCCUACGUGGUUUACAAGUUAAUCGAGCGGAUGUUACAUGUAGAUAAGAUUAGUGCCAAACACAUUUGUGUGAUCACUCCAUACUCGAAGCAAAUGCAUCUACUCAAAAAUAUUCUUUACGAUAAUUUAUACGGUGAGAAGAAUUUCACGUCAAAUUACAAAGACAUCGAAAUAGCAACUGUUGAUUCCUUCCAAGGGAGGGAAAAAGAGAUAGUAAUUUUAUCUCUUGUGUGUUCCAAUUAUUUUAAGAACAUUGGAUUUCUGAAGGAUUAUCGACGUUUAAAUGUGGCUAUUACGAGGGCCAAGAGGCACGUCGUCAUCGUGGGAAAUUCCAGCACCAUAUCAAACGAUAAACUUUUGAAUGAGCUGUACGAGACUGUCCUCAAUCACGGCAAGGUGUACAUGGUGAACGAGUUGGUGGAUGUGGAGCAGAUACCCGUGGGGGCCUAG